GCGGGGCCAAUCCUUGGCCAGCCAAGAGUAUUGGUUCUAGACCCACAAAUAGAUCAAGCUUUUCCCUCCCCCACCAGCCUCUUAAAUCCCAAUGAGGUCACUGCAAUGAGAGAGAAUCAGAUCCAGAGAGAGGGGGAGGAAGAGGACGACGAGGAGGGAGAAGAAACCCAGACGGAAAAAGGCCAUCAGACAAGGUCGCUUUUUCUGGCGACACAGCAACUGCGAGGAGCGUGGUGCUGAAUAUCAUCCGCCCGCUCAGCCUGGGGACCGAGGGACGCGCAGAAGCACUUUGUGGUACCACGAAAACAAAGGAGAGGAGACGAGCGGGAGAGACAGAGGGAAAGAGACGCUCUGAGCAGAUCCGCUUUGGAUCUCCGGGAAGCAAAGCUCAUCUGCUUGUCAAGGAAAGAAAGGGAAGCCUAAAAGGGACUGGGAGGUUAAAGAGGGAGCCGGGUUUCCCUGCGGAGCCUUGGGACGCGGCAGAACUCUGGACAGCGCCUCGCAAGCGGGACUCGGAGCUCAGCCGCUCCUCCAGGUUUCUAGCUCCUUCUUGAAAGCCCUGCUACUGGUGGACUCUCCUCUCCUGGUCUCUGACCACCGAACCCAGGGAAAUCCUUCUACGAGCCCUGUCUGAACGUGCCAGGGGGUGGAGCGGCUCUUUUGCCUCUGGCUGGGUCAGGGAAGAGGGUCUCCGGUUCUGGAAAUCCAGUCCUUGUGGAUUAAACUUCACUGGUGAAGAAAGAAAAGUUUUGGGGUCUGGUAGGGGGCGGAAGGGGUACGGAGGAUCGUGGAAGAAAGAAGGUGGAUGGUUGGUUUCCCUCUCUGAUCUGGAAGGAAUGAUGACCGAGGAAGGAUGUGCUCCAGCGGCCAGAUUAUUGGGAGCCUCUUGCUGCUCUCUGCGCUGGAGAUAGGGCUGGGGGUGUCCAGCGUGGCCGUGGGGGCGGUCAGCUUCAGCCUGGCCCUCCGACAGCACAAGCCGCAGCUCGGAGACUCGUCCCCGGUAUGGAGCGGGGUGUGUUUUCUUCUUUGUGGCAUAUGUGGAAUAUUGUGCGCCAAAAAAAAAUCUGGACUUGUCAUGAUCCUCUUUUCUGCCUGCUGCAUCUGUGGACUCAUUGGGGGCAUCCUGAAUUUUCAGUUCCUUCGGGCGGUGACAAAGAGGACCUCUUCCCUCUAUCCUCUGCAUCUCGCCUCCAUGUCUCUUGCGUGCAUCGGGAUCGGCGGCUGCACCCUCUCUUCGUGGCUCACUUGCCGACUAGCCAGCUAUGAACAGAGGAGGAUGUUCUCUGAAAGGGAGCAUUCGUUGCAUCACUCCCAUGAAAUGGCUGAGAAAAGAUUGAGGGCUAUUGAAAUAACCGACUUGCCCAGCUGCCCGGUGGUGCCCCCGACACCAGAGUUACCUACAAGGAAGUGACAGACGGCAUGAGCAAUGGAGGACCACAACUGAUAUUUAAUGGAAGACUAUAAUCAAUGUUUUAAAGAACUGAACAUUUUUUAGGAUUUUCAUGAGGCAAGGAAAUACCAAAGGACUAGGAGAUAAAACUACAUCAGUCCUCACAUUCACUGUCAUCUCUCCUGAACACCCACUAAAUUAUACUUCCUCAAUUUUGCCUCACUUAUUUCUUCAGCUAUUUUUAUUGGGUGAAAAACUUUCCAGAAAUGUUCUAGUACAAUAAUUUCAACAGACUUUCCAGAUUGUUCUAAAAAAGACUUUUCAGAAAAAAAAAAAAA